AUGGAACAAAACAACGGGACGCAUCUAAACGUUAAAGCUUUAUUAUACUUUGCCGUUAUGUCGGUCUUCCUAAGAGCAUCGCUGUUUACCACAUCAAAACCAUCUUUCAUACCGAGUCUUGAAUUGCCCGAGAAAACUAACGACGGUGUAGAAUUUGAUCGAGUUGCUGGACUUUUAUCGACGACAACGAUGGAUAAUAACGUCUUUGGUGUAAUAUUAGCAGCUCUUCUAAAUGAUUUAUAA